AUGGCUCUUUCUGAGCUUCCAGGAACGGUCGACUUCCUCACCGAUGCAGCACACCUCCUCCGCAUUACAGCUCCAGAAACCUCGGCGCACCUCAUGAGCGUUCGCGGUCAGCUCCUCUUUCAGCAAGGGAUCCCGCCAUCCGACGUUCAACGCCAGCAUGUAUGUGGCAGAUGUGGUCUAAUCAUGAUCCCAGGCCAGGGAGCUACUCUGAAGGUUGACGCGCGAAAAGCCAUUCGAAGAAAGGCCGAGGGCGCAAAGUCAACCAAAUCAACCCCUGAGGUCCCUCAGCCUUCAGGCCCUUGCAAGGUUUUUCACUGCAACAGCUGCCAACAUGAGACAAAGAUAUCGCUUCCACCUCCGGGACCUGCCACACGACGCAAGGCUGCGAUUCAAUCCAAGGUCAAGAAGCCUGUUGCUCCCGAGCCACUUAAGCCAACUGCAAAUGCCAGCAGCAAGAAGAGGGCCAAGAAUCGAAAGGCCGGGCUGCAGGCGCUUCUGUCAGGGCAAAAACAGCAAGCAACCAACCCGCUCAGUCUUACUCAUUUCAUGAAAUGA